CUAGCGACUCCUUCAUUGGCUGAUGUCGCCACAGCCGUGACGUCACGACGGUAAACUGCCAGAUACUCGUCCUUUACGUCCUCGCGGUACAUCGUGGAAAGAUGUCGGAGAGGAGAGUGCCCGGUGGAGGAACAGCGCACAUGAAACCAGCCAUAAAGAGCCAACGCCGUGGUGUUUAUUGCGAGUUUUGAGCAAACGUAAGGGGUGAGGUUUAGUCAAUCCCAUAAACGGAGCUGUCUGGCGCGAAUGGGUGGAUAAAAACGCCCCAAUCCGAAGAAGAGACAGAGAACCGCGUGAGUGCUUAAACCGAGGCCGGGGAGCCGAUUCGGCUUCUCGCUGGGGUGGGGAUGUUAUCCGUACUGUCUUAUGGCAGACUGGUAGCCAGGGCUGUCCUCGGUGGACUCUCGCAGACGGACGGGCGCGACUACAGCCUCGUCACGGCGAGCUAUGGCUUCGGCAAGGACUUUCGGAAGGGGAUCCUCAAGAAAGGGAUGUGCUACGGGGACGACGCCUGCUUCAUCGCAAGGAACAAGAGCGCCGACGUUUUGGGCGUAGCAGAUGGCGUCGGGGGCUGGCGGGACUACGGCGUCGACCCGUCUCAGUUCUCCGCCACGUUGAUGAGAACGUGCGAGCGGCUGGUGAAGGAGGGCCGUUUCACUCCCAGCAACCCGGUGGGCAUCCUGACGUCUGGCUACUAUGAGCUCCUGCAGAACAAAGUUCCCCUUCUUGGCGGCACAGCGCCCAACUGGUUAGCUCAUCCGCCUAACAGUUCUGAGGUCCCGGGUUCAAAUCCGGCGUUCCUGUGUGGAGUUUGCAUGUUCGCCCCGUGCCUGCGGAGCAGCACCGCCUGCAUCGUGGUGCUGGACCGUCGGAGUCACCAACUCCACGCGUGUAACCUCGGUGACUCGGGCUUCCUUGUGGUGCGCGGAGGUGAGGUGGUACACCGUUCAGACGAACAGCAGCACUACUUCAACACGCCCUUCCAGCUGUCCAUCGCUCCGCCAGGGGCCGAAGGGGUAGUGCUCAGUGACAGUCCAGAAGCUGCUGACAGCUCCUCCUUUGACGUGCAGCUUGGUGACAUCAUCCUCACCGCCACGGAUGGUCUCUUUGACAACAUGCCAGACUACAUGAUACUCCAUGAGCUCAAAAAACUCAAAACCACAAACUAUGACAGCAUCCUACAGACUGCACAGAGUAUAGCAAAGCAAGCGCACAACCUCGCCUAUGAUCCCAACUAUAUGUCACCGUUUGCACAGUUUGCAUGUGACAACGGCCUGAAUGUAAGAGGAGGAAAGCCUGACGACAUCACGGUGCUGCUGUCCAUUGUAGCUGAAUAUACAGACUAGGAAGUGUGUGCUCCUAUGUGUGUGUGGAGGAGUGUGUGUGCGCUCCUUUGCAGGGCUCACUCAUCCCCUUCCGUCCGUCUGACUCUUCCUCCGCCCUGUGGCCCACUGGACACGACGCCCACUCGUCCACCCAUGUCCAUUUUGUUUUUGUUUCUUCCUCUAUUGUGUCGAGCAUCAAAGGGGAAGCAGGCAGCUAGGAUAGAUCAAUGUUGAUCAUUAACACAGGAGAAGCCCAGCGCAGCACAUUAGGCAUCUAAAGUACACAUCAUUGUAUAACAACCGAUAUAGUGAGAGGAGUAAGCAAUGCUUUGGGGGCUCUUCGGUGAAAGAAUCAACAGGUGAGCUUGAAGAAUGUGUUUAUCUAGCUCCGUUUGAGUCCAAUGUUUAGGAGUUGGCUUUGGGAAUGUGAAUGAAGGAUGAGCUAACUUGCUCAGCCCUUAGAGGGAACUAAAUAGAGUCAACAUGCAUAGGUUCUUUAGGUUUGGGACUGAGGGAAAGAUGUGCCUGUUUGCAGUUGUAAAUAGUUUUUGUUUCGGGACUGUCGUCUUUACUUUUGGUUUUGAGUUUUUUAUGAUUACUGUCGUGAGUGAUGUGUUCAGAUAUGUUUGGUUAAUCCACACACUUCCAUUUGCUGAGACAAACAUUUGCUGAGAUAGUGUGAUAGGAUAAGGGAGUACCUUAAGUGUGUGAGUUAGAAUGUGUGUCAUGUUUGAUGUUCACAGAGGAACAUUACAGCAUCUGGUAAUGCUCACGAUUGCAACCAUAGGUCAGGUGUGAUGAUAAAGAGAUGUAUAUUUUCUUUUUUAAAUGGUGACGUUUGAAAGUGUCUGUUCAGAUGUGUGCUGGAUUUCCUCUUAUAGUGGUUUACUUGAUGAACUGCUAAGAUUUCCAGGCAAUUAUUGGGGUGGAGGCCGUUACUUUUACACAUGCAUUUUUGAAAAUUGAUGGAUACUUUUACACAUGCAUUUUUAAAACAAAGUCUUUUUAUAGAUAUUAUCCAUCCAUUUUCUACAAUGUUUCCCCAACUUCUAUUGAGGCAAAGCACAUAUUUAACAUUGAGCAAAUCUCAACCGCAUCCCACCAAACAUCAAAGUCACAUCAAGUACAAUGAAAUAGUCAUCUAAAUUUACUCACAAAUGUCCUUACCCACUGUGAAGUCUGGGCCUGCUUAGUUGAACACAAAGCAGAUACUCAAACAGGAGGACAUGACUUGAAUGGCAAUAAGUGGAUACGCAGGUGGUUUAUUGUACGUUCUGGCAUUUAGUGGAAGAACUUUUAAUUGUACUGUCAUUUUAUGUUGCUGGUAUAGAUAGAUGAACAAAGGUACAUUAUUUGCUGCGAUUGGCUGGCGACCAGUUCAGGGUGUAUCCCACCACUCGCCCGAAGAUAGCUGGGAUAGGUUCCAGCACGCCCGCGACCCUAGUGAGGAUAAGCGGUUCGGUAAAUGAAUGAAAGGCGCGUUAUUUGUCAAUUAUCAUUUUCCACGGAUUAUGAGAAUUCUGAAUUGUUUUUCACAGCACACCUGAUGUUCUCUCUCGUGACACUAAUGUGCUACUGCACAGUGGCUAGGAAUUGCUGUUGUAUAGCCCUUGUCCUGAAGGUCAGUGGUUAGCUGCAGCCUAUCCCAGUUGACUUUAGGCGACUGGUGGUGGGGUACACCAUGGUUUGGUCACCAGUCAAGAGUUCAAUUAACCUAACAUGCAUGUGGGAGGAAGCUGAAGUACCCAGACAAAAACCCACGCAAUCGGGGGGAGAACAUGCAAACAACAUACAGGAAGGCCCAUGUGAAUAUUCAAACCCAGAACCACACAACUGUUAAGCUGACUGACCGACUUGAUUUAAAUAUGACCAUCUUGUAUGGCAUAUGCCGAUUUCAAAAACGCACGUACAUUAUUGACCAAUACAAAUUUUGGAAUAAAAGUUGUUAUUAAUUUGGCAACGCAUGGUUAUUACACUGCCACUUUGUGGGACUAUCCUCGAUUUUUUUUUAAUAGGGUUAUUUAGGCCAAGACUUUUAUUUGUUCAAGUGAACGACAAGGGUACUAUCUGAGGAAAUUGUGUGUGUGUGUGUGUGAUGACAAAGGUGGAGCAACUGUUUGAGCGUGUUGGUUUUUCUUCCGUUAUGUCCAUUUUGCUGCUUGUGUAAUGUGUGUAUAUGAGCUGAAUUACACGUUGAUCAUGAUUGUAAAGUGUAUGGUUGUGUGCGUUCAUCAUGAUUGUAAAAUGUAUGGUUGUGUGCGUUAAUCAUGAUUGUAAAAUGUAUGGUUGUGUGCAAAAAUGUAUGGUGUGCGUUGAAUUUAAUCCCCUUAUGUAAAUGAAUCCCAAGACAUGUCUUACUGUUCCGCUCAUUUCAGGCUGCCCCUUGGCCAACCCUACAUGGGAUCCUAAAUGUUUUGACAGUUUCAAAGUGGGUGCACCAAAGACACAUUUUAUUUGUGUAUUCAUCAGUACGCCUUGUGGUUGUAAACACUAUUAUGCAGCAAUACUGUACAAUUUGUGCUCCGAAUACCGUGUGAUGGUGAGACGUGUCGCUGAAGGUUUUUUUUUUUUUUUUUGGCGUCAAAUUCCUUGAUGAAUUUCUUUCUCACAUGAUUGGUUGUCUGUAACGUGUGAAGCCAAAGAAGGAAAGCCAUAUAGACUGCAUAUUAGGGACCUUUGCUCUGUUCUGUAGGCCCUGCUGUAAGCAACAUUGUGUUGGUUGAGACCAAUAAUAUCACUGUUGUAUGUCUGCGUCAUACUGUACUGUUAUUGCAUGUUUUCAGUCAAUCUGUUGUAGUAUGUUCAUGUGUCUUUAGAAUGCAUAUGUUCUGGAAAUAUGUAUCGUAUAUGCAGACAAAGGCGGAGAUGCUGUGAAAUUUAGCGUGUGUCUGAAAAGGGGAGCACAGUUUCAGCCUUAACACAUUGAUAGACCUGUCAUAUGAGGCCUUCCCUGGAUUCGCAAGCUUGUCUCGUCCAUGUUGUCCAGUGUUUGUCGUUUUGUGCAGUUUGCAAACGCCCAAGAGGGGGAAAAAUUACCCCGUGUGUGUGUUCUCCCCUUCAAAGCAAAGGUGCUUCUGCCAUCUCUACGACUGGUAUGAUUGUCCUUUUUCCAACAAGCGAUAUUUGUAUGGGUGAAAGAACACCACGUCUUAAAUUUGUCACAGUGUAACAAUGCAGGUCUAAUUUAUGUAAAUAUGUUUUCAGAAAAUGUACAAUAUUUAAAUAAAAAUGUAUAGUAUUUAUACAAAAAAAAG